AAGUACAAUCCGCAAACACACACUGGCAACCUUGGAGUAAUACCUUGGCCACGGCACCCUCUACCAUGCAGCCGGUCCUUUGCAUUCAAAGAUGGUUACAUGAUAAAUUUCUAAGGCGACAUAUAUUACUAAAGAUGAACUACCACUUCAUCUCAUAGUGCAACCUUUUGCUAAAUGCGAAACCGCUGAAAGGUUCAGGCGGAUACUGCAUCUAACUUAUGGCUCUGUCUCAGGCAUGGGACCUUGUGCAAAUAUUCUGUCAUACCAUGCUAUGUAGCCUGUGACGUCAAAUCCAAGCUCUACGUCUCCAAAUGAAGCUUAGUGUAUUCCGGCCACCUACAAGCCCGGAAUAGUACUUCAGGAUGUGCUGCCUUUGGAAUAAUGCCUCCGAGCAGCUCGAAACGGCGCCAGGGAAGCAGCCCUGUGUCGCCCCGGAAAUCUCGCCGACUGGCUAGGCUGGCCCCUGAGGACGCUGGAGAGGGACCGUCAUCAAGUUCGAAACACGCUCGGGCCCGUAAGUCCAAUCGUCAGCAGUCUGAGCAUAGCCAUAGCCUUUCCGCCAAUGCUACCGAGCCGGGCUUGCCCGAGACGAUAGACGCCGCCAGAGAGAGGGUGAAUUGUUAUGUGAAAAAAAAGAGACUGCAUGAAAAGCAUCUCGUUGCCUGUCUGAAUGCCUGUCUGGACUGGCUUCCAGGAACCGGUCCAUCUUCUAUGGCCAAGGACAUCGUCAACGCUGAAAAUGACGAAAAGUUGUGGGAGGUCUACCACAACGUUCUUACCGGUGUCCUCUACCCGAGUAAGGAUAAUACGUGACUUGAGGGAAAACCCC